UAUGGUUGGAUCCUCAUACAGGCGCGAGUGCUUGCAUGCAGGAUUUUGGUUGGUGAAAAACAUGGUGAAAAAGGUGAAAAAUGACUUUUCUUUUCCCACAUGUUAUCCACCAAUCAAAGUACUGCAUUCGGCCGCUGGCGCUUAUAUGAGUAUUUAACGUAAUACCGAGCCAUCUUUACUAGCCGUUGUCAGUGACAUAACCUAUAGUUAAUGUGUUGACAGUAUAUUCUAGAUACAGUUCAAGACGCAAACAUUCAUUUUAUAAAAUUGGAAUUACAAAAGUAGUUGUUUAACCAAGUAAUUAAAAUGGCUGUAGCUAAACAGAGUACGAAAAAGUUGAAGUGGGCUCUUGACUUUUCUCACAAGAAUAAGCAAGAGAAGAAUGUUGAUAUUGCUUCACCACCAGGAUAUAAUCCAUCAGUUGCUUUAAAUCAUGGCACAGAAUUGAUGAGAGAAUUAGAUUCAAAUCAUUUGAUUAUUAAAAAGUCAUGGGACCUUGCUUUGGGACCAUUGAAACAAGUUCCUAUGAAUUUGUUCAUCAUGUACAUGGCUGGCAAUUCCAUAUCAAUAUUUCCAAUUAUGAUGGUAGGAAUGCUUAUCAUGAGACCUGUUAAGGCCCUUUUCGUAUUACAGCAAACAUUCAAAGUCAUCGAGGGUACUCAUGCAUUUGGCCAAAAAUUUGUUUUCUUUUUGGGACAAUUGGUAAACAUUGCAUUGGCGCUUUACAAAUGUCAGUCAAUGGGUCUACUGCCAACGCAUGCUUCUGAUUGGUUGGCUUUUGUAGAACCGCAAACCAGAGUAGAGUAUUCUGGAGGAGGUAUAAUAUAUGUGUAAAUGAGUAAAAUGAAAUAUAUAUAUAUAUCAAUUACAUCUCUGCAUUAUGUAUAUUUAAAUGUAGAUAAUAUACAAGUAAAUAUGUACAGAUUAAUUAAAUUAAUUGAUUAAAUCUCCACUGUAUAUUCGUAAGUAUUAAAAUAGUACACUAGUCUUUC